AUGACUUCUGGAGACUCGAGCACAAUUCAAGUUAAGGCUCAAAUCCAGCAACAUCUGGUCGAAUCUGGAAACUACGAAAUAAUCUCAAACAAUUUGAGUCAAAGGCUGCUACAGGAAGGCUGGACCGAUCAGGUCAAGAAAUUAACGCAAGAUGAAAUCAGCAACGAUUCAAGUGCUACGUUUACUCAGAUUUUGUCGAAAGUCGAGCCCAAAGCAAGCGAACUUGUGUCUGAAUCCACGAAACAAGAGAUUCUCGCCAAAAUCGAGGGAUUCCUCGCAGAAAUAGUCGACACCGAAUAA